UUAGGUUAUUUUUAUUUGAAAAAAAGUUUUUCACUUAUGGUUUACUGUACUCAACUUAUUUACAACAACUUGCAUGCAAGUCUUCUCCAACUCUGUUUAUCCAUUUAACAUUUCAGUGGUUGGAAUGGGGACGACGGCGCUUCGCAGACAAAUCGCGUCAAAAAUUGACCAUGGCCACGAUACCCUAAAACUAAUCCGAAGCAAAGCAUAGUUACCAAUUAAAUAAGCAUCAAAAUAUUCAAGAGCCUGGGAAAUAACCUGAUCGUAACGUAUAAAGAUGUAUAAAAAGGACCGAGUUGCUUAGAAACAGUGAUUAUCCAAUAUGAAGCUCCUGCUGGUGUUACUCGUGGUGUUUGCAUUGACUAUCUGUCUUUGCGAGAGUGCUGCCCUGGAUUCAGAUCCGGCAAUUAGGGAAAAACGCGGUUUUAAACAUGGUUACGGCGGCUAUGGCGGUGGAAAGAAAAUAGUCAUCAUCAAAAGUUAUGGGGGUGGAUACGGUGGACAUGGGGGACAUGGCCGUGGGCACGGCGGCGGCUACGGCGGCGGCGGCGGCUACGGAGGUGGCGGCGGCUACGGAGGUGGCGGCGGUUUCGGGGGUGGUUACGGCGGCGGCGGCGGUUACGGAGGAGGCGGUGGUUUUGGCGGCGGCGGUGGAGGCGGCGGCGGUGGAGGCGGCGGCGGUUUCGGGGGCGGCGGCGGUUACGGAGGCGGAUUUGGAUAUGGAGGUGGUGGUGGAUAUGGAAAGAAGUAAACAGGCUGACAUGGAAAUUAGCAAGUUUGUGAAAUAACA